AUGCAUGACCCAACAUUCAACGAAAGCCCAUCCUCCUGGGCAGAGCUAAUGGCACUCCGUCGCCUCCCCAACCCACCCAGCAGCAGUACCACGGAGCCCACCGAACGAUUCGAAUCCAUAGCACCACCCUAUCCCCCAGGCGAAGGAACCCGUGCCUUUGGCGGACAUGUCUAUGCCCAAGCUGCCUACGCAGCAUCCCAAACCGUAGAGAAGGGGUUUGUGAUCCACAGCGUAAGCGGAACAUUCAUCCUAGGAGGCCUCCUAGACGUUCCAUACGAGUACACGGUGCGCCACCUGCGCGAUGGAAAGAUGUACUGCACGCGGUCCGUGGACGUACGACAAGCGAACCAGAUCUGUUUCUCGUGCUUAUGUUCCUUCAAGCGAGGGGAAGGUCAGAGCGGGUUUGCGCAUCAGCCUGCGCCUGUGCAGGAGCGGUAUGCGUCCGUUAUCGCUGGAAAGAGGGCGGAGGAGUACCCUGUUAGUCCGAGCGUGGAUGCAGAUUGGUGGAUUGAAGGUGUAAAGGCUGGCGAUCUGACCGAAAGGGAGUUUCCUGGGGUGGAUGCGCGAAAGGUUGAUAUGGGGACGUUCAAUCAGACGGAGGAUGUGAAGAGCCAUCCGGAGAAGUAUCGCCAGUUGGCGAUGUAUUCGAUCAAGGGGCUUCCGAUACUUGGUGAGGAGGAAAGGAGGGUGAGGGAGAGGGAGGAAGCGGGGGAGUUCGAUAACUUGGCGUUGGGGGAGACGAGGUGGUCGUCUAUGGCGAGUUUGACGCUUACGGUUGUGUUUCAUGAGUUGGGGGAGGCGUUGCGGAUGCUUGAUUGGGGUUCUGAGGGGAAUGGGGGGCCGGGGAAGAAGUGGUUUAUACAGGAGGGGUGGACUCCUAGGUCUGCGGAGAAUCGGGCGGUUCAUGAGAGUUGGUUGUGGACGCCGGAUGGGAAGUUGUUGGCUACGAGUUAUCAGGAUAGUUUGUUGCGGUUGACGAGUUCGCGGGGGAAGCUUUGA